CACAAUUUAAAUUGCUUGUUUAGUGAGUAAUUUCAUAUGGGUAUUGAUCCAAGAACACUCUAAACCAUUUAAAAAUCAUUUCUUGAACAUCACACACCUUGAAACACACACACAAUUUUCUCCAAGAAAUACUCUCUAAAAGUUUCAUGAUUUUUGUAUCAUUUCAUAUAUAUCUAAAACAUGUCUAGGAUCAAAAUUAAGCCCAUUAUCAAGCAAAAUCUUUCUUCUUUUCCCCCUUCACCUAUAUACCCUCCAUCUCCUUGUAGCAAUAAUCAUAAGUCUAACUCAAAUAUAGUUUUUGCAAGAAACAUUGUAAUUGUAUUAGGAAUUUUGUUGUUUAUAUGUGUUUUACUUCACUUUGUUAUAAGAUAUUUCAUGAACAAAAAAAGGUCUGUUCAACAAUCUUCAAGAUUUCAAGAAAGUGGUAAUAAUAAUGAUGUUACUUAUGAGAGACAAUUACAACAGCUUUUUAACUUGCAUGAUUCUGGGUUAGAUCAAGCUUUUAUAGAUGCACUCCCUUUGUUUCUUUACAAAGAAUUAAUGGGACUAAAAGAGCCUUUUGAUUGUGCUGUUUGUCUUUGUGAGUUUUCAGAAAAUGAUAAGUUGAGAUUACUUCCUUUAUGUAGUCAUGCUUUUCAUAUUCAUUGUAUAGACACUUGGUUGCUUUCAAAUUCAAGUUGUCCUUUAUGUAGAGGUUCCCUUUUUAGCCCUGGUUUUGAUGGUCAAAAUCCAAUUUUUGACUUCCAUUUUAAUGAUUUAAUGGAAGAAGAAGAAGAAGAAGAAGAAGAUGAGCAUGGUGUGUCAGUUUCAGGGAUAGCUAGUAGUAAUUUUAAGCAAAAUGGAGGGAUGGAGAUGAGAAGGGUGUUUCCUGUUAGACUUGGAAAGUUCAGGGCCACAAAUGUCAAUGUCAACGAUACUCAAUCCCAGCAAGAGUCCGGAAAGUUAGGAGCCACAAAUGGUGACCAAAAAGAGAUGGGAGAGACUAGUAGUAAUAGCAAUGUUGUUGAUGCAAGGAGGUGCUUUUCAAUGGGAUCUUAUGAAUAUGUGGUUGGAAAUUCAGAGUUACAAGUCACAUUUUGUCCUAAUAGGGGUAAUAUUGGAAAAAAAGAUUUGGUUGUUGCAAAAGAUAAAGGGAUUAAUAGCUCAGUGGAUGCUAAAGGAAUAGAAGAUGGGAAGAAAAUUAGUAGUAGAAGUAAAGGAGAAAGCUUUUCUGUUUCCAAGAUUUGGCUUUGGUCAAAGAAAGAUCAACAUAAAUUUCAAGAUUCAUCAAGUGCUAAUCAUAUGAUUGAUGGGAUUAAUUCAUCUGUUAAUGAUGUAAGUUUACAGUCAAGAAAGUCAAGUGCUAGUAAUUUUGACCAUUAGUGUAGGUUAGUAGUUGUUAUGAAGUGAGGUGUAUAUCACUUGAGAUAGUUUGAAUAUGAACAUAUAAAGUCUACUUAGCCA